AUGGAUACGAAUUCUGCGGAUGAAGAUGUUGUAAUUACUGUAACUCAGCAAAAAGUUUUAGAUGAUAUUUCGUCUAAAUCAGCGAAUAAAAGAAAGAUAUUUCUUCCGGAUGAAAUUGAUAGUAAAUUGUUCGAAACUAUUAAGGAAUGGAAGGCGGAAAUUGGUGAUGCAACUAUUAAGGAAUGGAAGGCAGAAAGUGGUGAAGACGAGAUUACUGUAGCAUUACAAUCAAUUUUUGAAAAGAUAUUUCCACAAAAUAAUCAAAGUUCAACAAAAGUGGAUGCUAUUACAAUGACACUCUUUCCCGAUAGACAUCCUGAUUUUAUUCCCAAAUAUCUCGCAGAUGUUAAUAACAAAGAAAACAAAGAGAAGCGUCCGGGACCAAUAAAAGUGGAUGCUAUUGCAAAGGCAUUCCUCGCUUAUAGCCAUCCGGAUUUUAUUUUCAAAUAUCCAGCAAAUGAUAAUAACGAAGUUAGAAAAGAGAUGCGCAAGAACUUUGUACAAUUGCUUCUUCGUGCAGGGCUGGUGGUUGAAAGGGAAAUUUGCGAAGAACAUAAAUAUUUAAAGAUUUUUGCGCCAUUCUCUUUGCUUUGUGAAAAUGCCCAAAAUAUGCAACUCAAGUUUCCCCUGAAACCAACAAAAAAUCUAAAAAACAUGAAAGAUUCAAACACAAAAGAUCCAAAAAAGCGUUUCUUAUUUAGCUUUACAUUUGAUGUCAUAAACUCAAAUAAAAAUUCUGCUCCUUUCAAAACAAAAAAUUUGAGAAGGUUCAAAGGUGGUGAUGAGGGAUCUAAGACCCUUUUGAAUUUUUUCAGUCCAGCAAGACGAAAUUUAUUGGUUAACCGUAUCAUAAACGUAGCCAGUUACCCUGACUUAGAGAAGUACAACGAUGAAGAAAGAAAUGAGUUUGAACUAUCAAAACUUAUAAGUGAGAAAGUCUUCACUGGAUGUUAUCCUCUUCAUUAUGAUAAUUUAAGAAAGGGCUUGGCCAAUAAUCGGCAAAGUCAGCCAUGGGACAUAAUACGAAGACAAAUACGAGAAUAUUUUGGAGAAAAGUUGGCAUUGUAUUUUGUAUUUAUGACUGCUCUGUUUCUAGAAAGUUGGAAAAGAGCCAAUAGUACUUUACAAUAUAAUUGGGAUGUCAUGGAAUAUGAAGAAGGGGAAUUACCAAGACCAGGAUUUUUUGGAAGGACCCGUAGGUCAUCAAUGAAAGAGGAAAUGGAAAUUUAUUUCCCUACAAGUGAAAAGUUAAAAAGGUUUACAGUUUCCGGAAUUAUUAUCUUUGUUGCUCUGUGUAUUUUUCUGAUUACGAUUGGAGUUUUACUUGUUUUUCCAAAAAUAUGGAUUCAUGUUGGUAUUUAUACAUCCGUCACCACUGCCUUAGUGAGUCUCACAGUAAUGAUUGUACUUAGAGUGUAUAUAAGGAGUUUGUUAAACAGACCUGAAGUUACAACGGGAUGUGAAUAUGACAAUUGCUUUACAGAACUUACUGUUCAAUUAGCAAUUGUUAUGGUUGGGAAACAAGCAUUUGGACAAAUAACAGAAGUUUUUAUUCCGCUUUUUGUGAGUAAAUUUAACGAAUGGUAUAGGCAAUAUAUGAGAGGAUCAAAGAAACCGACAGAUGAAGAUCAACGACCGGUAAAAGUUGAACAUUCACAAUGGGUAAAAGAUGGUGAUUUAGUUGAUCCUCCACAAAUAGAAGAUUCCGAAUAUGUAAAAAUUGUAGGAUAUAUGGCUCAAGAUAUUGGAAUGUGGGAAAAGGCCUUGAAUUUUCUUUCAAUUUUUGGUGUACUUACAAAUGCUAUUAUUAUUGCAUUUUAUUCUAGUUGGUUGAGAGCACAAUUCCUUGAUUAUGUGGACGGAGAUGAAUCUAGUCUGCUAAUUGCUAGGCUUAUGUUUAUUAUUGUUUUUGAGCACAUUGUGUAUGCAAUUAAGUUAAUUGCAUAUCUGAUACCAAACCAAUCAUCAUCUCUAAAAAAAGCAAUUGUAAAAGAAAAAUAUAUGGUUAAUUAUACAAAAUCGGAAAUGAAAAGAGUAUGUCAUCAUAAAAAAUUAGACAGUGAAGAAAGUACAAACACUUUAACUUAA